AAAGAAAUGUGUUUCUGCAAGGUAUAAAUUCCACGAACUACACAUUUUGAAAUACCUACCAUCAGAGUCAGCAAAAUAAAAGAAAUGAGCGAUUCGGACGACGAUAACUUCGUACGAUACGGGACAGCUUUAGAUCCUAUCGAAGAAGAUGAAAUUCCGUCGAAGCGAAAGUUCCAGCAGGCUCCAGAUCAGUACGCAGUGGAUGAGCAUGGCAGGCGGCGGUUUCACGGCGCUUUUACUGGCGGAUUCUCAGCAGGAUUUGGCAAUACUGUCGGAUCUCAGGAAGGAUGGAAACCUACGAGCUUUAAGAGCUCACGGUCGGAAAAGGCGGCGUUUUCUAAUCAACGUCCAGAGGAUUUCAUGGAUGAGGAAGAUCGCGGCGAGUUUGGCAUAGCGCCGCGACAGGUGCAAACACAGAAGGAGUUCUCGGGGCAGAAGAGGCAACGUCGCACCCAGUACCAUGAUGGACCUAUACCGGGAGAACCAGUACUGCAGCAGUUACUGCGACCCGUCCACGAGACGGCUGCAGUGCGCAUGCUUCGAGCUAUGGGCUGGAGAGAGGGCCAAGGUAUGGGCGAACGACUCAGCUCGAAAGACAAGAAGAAGACAAAGGAACAACACAAAGUGUAUGGGUGUUACAUGCCGCCUGAGAUGAGACAGGCUGAAGAAGACCAAAGCAUGGAUGAAGAUGCUAACAGCUCGGAUUCCGAAGUGGAUUUCGACACGCUGUUCGCGCCAGACGAUUAUGAACCUUAUAUUCUACAGCGUAAGAACGAUCGCUUUGGACUCGGCUACUCUGGCUUGAGUAGACAUUCCGUCCUUGGCAACUUGAUUGGCGAGUAUGGAAGUGAACCGGGAUCUUCGAAAAGUCAUUUAGUAAUGAAGGAUAAAGGGAAAAGGGUAUCCAUACGCGGCCAAGCGUUCGGUGUGGGCGCGUUCGAAGCGGACGAUGAAGAUAUAUACGCUAAAGAAGAUAUGUCACACUACGACUUCUCCUUAGACGUUCCAGAACACACGAAGAAGAAUACCCCGGGUAAAGAUAGCCAGAAGAAUCGUAAUGUUCUUGAAGGGUUCGUGAAGUCAAGCAAGCCGUUGCCAUCGGUACCUACAUACCCACCGCCCGCGUUACCUCGCGACUAUGUACCGGCCGCGGCCGGAGCGAGACGCUCCAGGUUCGAACCCACUUCUCAACAACCUAGGGAUCAAGGUCUAGGUCGCCACGAAUUAUCAGCUAAAGCAAGAGGCGAAUUACUAGGAGAAAAACCGCUACCCCCUCCCCCACCAGAAACCCCAAAAGACCAAAAAGACCUGACUGCAGUACUUGGAAAGACCAUUAAUUUCGUUUCAACAGUUGAAAAUACCGAAUUGGACUACAUACCAAUAAAGGACUCCGGUAAAGAAAUCACAAAAGUAUUCAAACCUUUUAUAGGUAAUCCUGAAAAACAAAAAAGAUAUGAAAAAUAUGUAGAAAAUAAAGGUGUGUUGGAAAGGGAUGGCGAUAUGGAUAAGUUACAGGAGUGGGAAAGAGAGAGGGAAUUGGUUGAAUUUGAACAGGCCGCCAAGUUGUAUAAGCCGUUAAGUGGGGUCAUGGGAGAUCGAUUCACUCACGCGUCUGAGCCGGACGAUGCAGUUAAUCCUUUGAUGGCCGUCGCCAAAAGUACCAGUACGUACGGUCUGGCCACAAAGGAACAGAUCGAGGCGGCGGAAAAAGGCGUGUAUGGCAUUAUGACGCGCCAGACUACAACUUGGCGACCAGACCCGCUUGUUAGCAAGAGGUUCAAUGUUCCUGAGAUUGGGGGCGCUCGGCUCCAAGAGAAGAAAGAAGAUAGACCGAAAGUAUCUUAUUCAAUAUUCUCAUACUUGGAAUCUUCAGUUCACGACAAGGAUAGCUUCGCAGCGGAACAAAGCAAGUUCAGUGGAUCCAAAUCACUAACAACCAACAUUGCAACGAAAACUGAGCAAAAUACAAAUCAGACUCAAAAUAACACUCAAACACCUUCAAAUAAUGAUUCCACAAUCCAAAGUAUUAAUAAUAAUGCAAAAGCUACUACCACAGCUCCAGUAUCAACCGAAAAUACAGCAGGUUUCGCCAAAAGAAUGACGGUAGCAGAACUUUUCUUGAAAGAAUCAGAAAAUACAAAAAAAGAUGGCGCUGAAGUUACGGAUGCUAUUCAAAAAUUCGACAGGAUGGCACUGUACAAGUCCAUUUUUCUAAGCGACAGUGAAGAUGAGUUAGAGAAUGAAAAAAGUAAAGAAAAUGAUGGAACGGACUUCUUAGAUGUACCGAAAAACCUUGAGAGAAACACAUCGCCUCCACGAGGCAUCUUUGCUAAUAUAGACUUUGAUGAAAUCAAUUCUUGGAGGAGAAAAGAACCAGAGAAGGUUCCUGAGGUAUCCACUAAGAAGGAUGAAAGUGUAAAUGAUGUUAAUAAAAAGGUUGAUAAUCCAUCCGAAGAUAAAAAUGAUGAUGACGCUAUGUAUGGUCCCAAAAUUCCAGAAAAUUUACAAAAACGUCUAACUUCAGAUUUUAAAACUGAUAAUUUAAAAGAAACUAUAGAUGUAGACUCGUCAUCAAGCGAAGAUUCUUGGGUCGAUAUAAAAGAAGUUAAGAAUAAAAAACAGAAAAAGAAAAAAUCUAAAAAGCAUAAAUCUAAACAUAAGAAAAAGUCUAAAAGUAAAAAGAAGGAUAGAUAAAGAUUAGGUACUUGAAUAAAAUACUAUGAAAUACAUGUUUUGUAUUGAGACUGGAUUUAAACUAGGAAUGUUAAAUAAA